AUGCCAAAGAGCGCCAUUUCCACACUUCUCACAACCAACGCAGGCCCGGGUGAUGUUGAGCCAAUGGCCUUGCACCACAUGUUAAGUCAAGUCCUGCAAACUCCUCGCCGAGUCAAUGCAUUGCAGGUCAAGAGUACUUUGGCGGUAGCCGACCCGCUUGUCGACGAUGUUGUCGACUUACAUCUCGCUCACGAUGCCCUCACCACGAUCGUCUCUUAUCUGAAAGCGAGCAACGUCAUCACCGCUGUACAAAGUACAGUUCUAGGGAGUAUUGUCAAGAAGCUUGAAACCGCCACCAGGGACUCGGUUUUGCUUGGCCAUCAGGAAGAAAUCACAAGUGUCCAAGAAGAGGGCUACGAAGGGGACGAUGACCAUACGCCGAUCGAGACGCCCCGCCUCGAGGCUGCCCAGCUAAAGAUGAGGCCGACGGCAAAGCCGUUCACGCCGGGAAAGCUACCUUGUGUAGACGCUACUUCCGACAAUUCGCUCCACCACCUGUUUGGCACGGCCGAAUCGCCCGCCUCGCUGAGCAAACAGCUCGUCGCGAGCGCUUUGGCUUACUCUGAUGAAGAGACACCAUCACCCUCGGCCGGUGGACAAAGAGGCUCUGUUGAUUUACCCAUGCGAACGCGGAGCACAUACAAAAAGAUCACAUUCCGGAAGGCACCGCCAGAGACACUUUCGCAAGGGCCCGUGCCUGCGACCAUCCCUCCACGCCCAGAUUCUCCCAUUACGCAAUUCCUGAAGUCCAAGACCUUUGAUGACCCCGACUUAUCUGGCCGUGAAGAGGCCCUCAGUAGAGGCUACGGCUUCGGCGCCAAGAUCCUGCAGCAGAGUGGAUGGAAGGUCGGUCAAGGUCUCGGCCCUACAGGCGACGGGAUCAAGGUGCCCUUGAUACCCCGCCGAAACGAUACCAACGCUCUCAGCGGCAAUGACGGCCAUCGCGGCACAGUUCCCCGUGGAAGAGCCAUUCAGAACACUAUGGACUCGUGGCAGCAGUAUGCUGCUGGCCACCGAGAGGGAGACAAACACAGCCUCUCCGAGAACGAGCCUGGCCAGACACAUGCGGACAAACACGAGACUGGGCCCGGUGAUGCGGAGGCGUCCCGUCUGAUCGACGACUCUCCAGAGUCUGCGUCCAUAGCCAAGUCAGGGGUAGACACCUGGGUCUCGCACGUGGCACAGCAGAGGAUCGAGUUGCAGGAAUCUACCGACAUGGUGCGGAGCUGGGUCAUUACGCAGGAGUCGUCUCCUGACACGACUGAGGAAACAAAGACCAGUAUGUUGGCGUUUGGCGACGAGAGCGGAAUGCGCCAGAAGCGUGCUUCCAGGCUCCAUCUGCGACCGGCUCUCGUGCCCGAGAUACCGACAUGGGAGUUGAAGGAAGAGGAGCGAACGAAGCAGCUGUACGAGUCGAUCUCUCUACCUCUGCCCGAACAGGGGUCUAAGACUCAAAACAGGUGGAAGUAGUCCGGGGCCCCUGAAAGAGACAGGAUUUGGUCUCUCAGGAAAAACGAAAGUCUGAGCCUACGAUGUAAUCCAUUCACUGUCGGGGUCAGGGGUUCACAAAUGUGUGGAGCGAUGCUGGAGUUGUGAGAAGCAAAUACCCUACGGAGAUACUAUGAAAGGAAGGGUUGUCAUUACGUUUGAGAGCGAUGUUCUACACCCAACUGUCUCGGCAGGCGUCUACCUCGACAGAAUGAAAUCUCUCCAC